CUUGCAAGUAACCAUCUCCUUCACCUCUCUCUCUCUCUCUGCAUGUGCUGUUCCUGCCAUUGCUACUUUGCAGUCUAUUUUAUGCAUUCUUUGACAAAAUUGCCCCUUCAGUGAGAGGUGGGGUUUUUCUAGGGUUUGGAGGCUAGGACGAAAGUGGGUUAAAUAAGCUAAGUUUGGAGGUAGGAACAGUAUUUUAUGGAUUUGACACUUCUAAGAAAUUGAAGUAUCAGUACUAGUACUCUGGCAAUCCACCGCAUACCAGUGCAUUGGAAGGAUAAGAGAAUUCUUGUUUUCUUUUCUUGAACUAUCUUUUGAGUACUGUAGAAAGCAACCUGUUUAGUUUUGGUAGGUGAAGAAAAUGAUUCUCACGAAGCAGUACCGAUGCAUACACUCAGCUAGCUGUCAAUGUACUAAAGGGCAUUUGAGUGAAGAUGUGAUAUUCUUAGUAUUUCAUAAUUUGAAUUGGAAUCCCAAGCUAAUUGCUACUCUGUCAUGUGUGUGCAAAUGGUUUGAUGAUCUUGCCAAGCGAGUUCUAUGGAAAGAGUUUUGUCAAACAAGAGCUCCUAAGAUGUUGCAUGAUCUGCAAUCUAGUGGGAGCCACAUUGUUGAUGGGAAUUGGAGGGCCCUAGGGAAGUUGCUUAUAUACUGUUCAGGAUGCAAGAAAGGUGGCUUGUUCAAUAGCAUUCAUAUCCCUGGUCACUUUGUUUAUCAAACUCGAUUUUCUAGAACAUCAGGAAAGAGCUUUCUUUUGCCACAAUGCAGAACUGAUGUUUUAUAUGUGUCUGAUCCUUGUGAGCAUCUUGACCAAGGUGAGGAGGGAGAUGUAGGAUUCUUCCGUGGACUUUUUAAGUCAUUUGCAACCUCAAAGGUCAGGAAGAUGCUUAUUAGUAAAGGUGCCAAGCUCCAUCCAACUGAAGUCUGCCCUUAUUGUAAGGCAAAGUUGUGGAGCAUGUUGCAGGCCAAAAUGAUCCCUCAAAGUGCUAGUUGCAGGCUGGGUUCUUAUGAAGAUUGUAUUGAGUAUUUUGUGUGCCUCAAUGGUCACAUGCUUGGGAUAUGUACCUUAUUACCAUUGUCUGAUUCAGAAGGGGCAUCUGAGUUGGAGUAAUACCUAAAUGAUUUUCAGGUAUUUUCGUGUAUCUGGAAAUCAUAACUCAUUCCCCUGUCUAUGUUUUCUUUUUCUUUUUUUAUUUUAAUAUAAAAUGAGAUUAAGGAUGGGAGGAAAUGUGUGUUCUAGUAAUUGUGGCAAGUGACUUUCAUUGAGAACCGGGUCCAUAUAGAAUGCUAUUAGGUGGAAUUUAGUUGGAUGUUUUAGUUGUAGUUAAUCUUUAUUCUUUACUAUUAAAACAGAAAUAGUAAUCUAUAAUUUCAUAGAAUGUUAUUCUUUGUAA